AAAAAAAACCAUAAGCUUAAAAAUUAAAAAAUAAAUCUCCAACAAGGAAGUAAGUAUACAAGUUUUAAACUUAUGGGGUCCACAUGAAAUUUUGAAAAUAAAGGAAGCUAUUAAAGAUUUUCUUUUCUAGUUUUUGCCGUUUUGGGGAAAAGAAGAGCCUAUCCAAAUUUCAAAAAUACCCCCCACCACCACCACUUGUAAUAAAAUAUUCUUCAAUAUUCAUGUUCCAACUUCCAAUAAACUUCCAAAAGAUUCCACAUUCUCCAUUAUUGUUAUUUUCCCUUUCCUUUCUCAUCAUCCCCUUAUUCAUUCUAAUCAUCUUCAACCCAUCGUACGAAUGAAAUUUGGGAAGGAGUUCAGGACCCACUUGGAGGAGACUCUCCCGGAGUGGAGGGACAAGUUCCUUUGUUACAAGCCCCUCAAAAAACUUCUCAAAGACUUCCCUUCUUCUUCCGACUUUGCACAGGCACCACCACCGCCGGCCACCUCCACCACCACUUCAGUUGAUCAUCAUCGUCAUCAUCAUGAUCAUCACGAUGAUGUUCCUCCCUCCUUGCUUCAUCUCCAACAUGGGUUUGUUAGAAUUCUCACUGAAGAGCUUGAAAAGUUCAAUGAUUUUUACGUUGAUAAAGAGGAAGACUUCGUUAUUCGCUUUCAGGAGCUGAAGGAGAGAAUUGAGCGAGUUAAGGAGAAAAGCAGUGGAGUUUUUUCUUCAGAAAGUGAAUUUAGUGAAGAGAUCAUGGACAUUCGCAAGGAGUUUGUCACUAUUCAUGGGGAGAUGGUGCUCCUAAAAAAUUAUAGCUCCCUAAAUUUUGCCGGGCUAGUCAAAAUUUUGAAGAAGUAUGAUAAAAGAACUGGGGGAUUGUUACGUCUACCUUUUACACAACUCGCACUUCAUCAGCCUUUCUUUACUACAGAAUCUCUCACAAGGCUAGUCCACGAGUGUGAGGAGAAUCUUGAGCUACUAUUCCCAUUGGAAGAGGAAGUCAUCGAAUCUACCCCCACUGCACCAGAUGGAUCCAAACCGCCACUGAAUAACAGCGCAAAUGUCUCAGCUGACACUUCAACUCUUGGGGACGAAACCUUGGAUGUAUAUAGAAGUACUCUUGCUGCAAUGAAAGCCAUACGAGGCCUCCAAAAAGCCAGCUCGACCUCUAAUCCAUUGUCUUUCUCAUCUCUGUUUAGGAGCCAAGAAGAUGAAAAUGGCGGUGCUGUAACAGCUGAAAAUUCUGCUUCAAACUCUCCUACCAUGAAAGAUGGGGAGGAUGAUCAAGACGAUGAUACCCACUCUACGUGACAGAAUUGCUCGGUUUGUUGUGCAUCUUCACUUUUUUUUUUUUUUUUUUUAAUAUCUUGUAACAGGUUGAAACUGAAUAAUUAUAGGCACUCAAUUGUACUUAAGCUUGAAGUCAAACAAACGAUGUUUAACUCAUUUAGCGAUUAAUUUCGAAGUUUCUAGUUGGCAGAUUAACUUAUUGCCUUUGGAUGAUUUGCAGACUACAAAUCAUUUUGGAUGAAGAAAAAUUUUCAUUCUUUUGUUAAUGAAAAACUGUUACUGUAUACAUUAAUUUUGAAGUCUGUUACCUUGGGUGAUUCACUGAGUUCUUGCAAACUGGAAACUUCUCUUCUUUUUCCCAAAACCAAUAAACUAUAGAUCAUUCAUUGCUA